AUUUCGAGUCUGAAUUGAAGAUAAGAGUCCGUUAUCGUCAACUCACAACUGAAGAAUUUCGCUGUUUUGCAUCAAUAAUUUCUUUCGCUGUCACCAAAAUUCAGUAAAAAGAUUUCAAUGAUGGAGGAGGAAGAAGAAAUGAUGGUUGUUGAAGGUCAAGGUCACAUUGAGUUGGAUGAACAGGUUGAUAGAGAGGCUGUGAUUAUAAUGAAUGCCUUAGCUGGUGAAGCUCAUGGAAAUACAACAUUUCAGAUUAUAAGCCAUGAUGGACAGGUUCAUAUAGCAUCAGAAGAUAGUGGUCAUGUGACCCAACAUCUUGAUCAGAAUGGACAACCAAUCAUCGCUGUUAAUCUGGCUUUCGCACAGGAAGGUCAGGAUCUCCAACAACUUGGUUUAACAGAAAGCAUUUAUGUUGAGUUACCAGUAGCAGAACAGAACACUGAGAUGAUCGUGGAAGACGAUCAUCACCAUAGCAACCAUACUCAAGAGAGUUUGCUAGAGAUUGUUGAGAGAGGUGAGGUCGACAAGUUACCUAAUCAAGCAGAGGCGAUAGAAAUCAAUUUAGAAACCAUAGGCAGAGAUAGACUACCAACCAAUCAUAGCAUAGAUACUGUUAUACAAAUACCAGAUGAAUUGACCAAUCAGAGCGCUGAUAAUAUGAACCAAGAAGCUAGCUUAACCAAUGAGAACUCUACUCCUGCCUUACUUGAAUCUGAAGUGACCAACCAGUGUUCAGUUAUCUUGAGACCAGAUUCUUGUUUGACAAAUGAGACUGCAGAACCCGUCAUGAUGGAGUCAGAAUUGACCAAUCAGAGCGCAGAUACUAUCACACCACAAGUUGGAUUGACCAAUCAGAGCACAGAUACUAUCACACCUCAAGUUGGAUUGACCAAUCAGAACACAGAUACUAUCACACCUCAAGUUGGAUCGACCAAUCAGAGCACAGAUACUAUCACACCUCAAGUUGGAUCGACCAAUCAGAGCACAAAAACUGUCACACCUCAAGUUGGAUCGACCAAUCAGAGCGCAGAUCCUGUCACCCCUCAAGUUGGAUUGGCCAAUCAGAGCACAGAUACUAUCACACCUCAAGUUGGAUUGGCCAAUCAGAGCACAGACACCAUGAACCCAGAAACAGAGGUGACCAAUGUUAGUGCAGGUCGGGAGGCUGAGUUGACCAAUGAGAGUGCAGAUACUGUGAUAAGAGAAACUGAGAUCAACAAUCAGAAUGCUACGUCAGUAACAAAACGCUCAAAUAAUGCAGAGCUAGAGCAAUCCUCUAAUAAAACCCAAGGAACCAAACGUGAUUCCAAUAUGAAGUCUGUGUCAAGGGGUACCCCCAGGAAACAAGCUCCAGUAAAGACACCAGAAGCAUCCCAUAAAGUCUGUCAUUACUGCUGGAAAGAGUUCAGAACAGAAAGGCAACACCGUGCCCAUGAGAAAUCUCAUGCCAAAGAAGAAUCACCUUACCUUUGUCGCUACUGCAAUAAGUUAUUUGACACAGAUGGACAGAGGAUGAAACACAUGAAGCAGAAACAUUCCCUUUCUAAAUGUGAAGAAUGUGAGGCUUGCUUUGAUAAUGAGGCACUUCUUGCAAAGCAUAUGAUGUUGCAUAGUCGGCCUAAGAUGUUUAUGUGUAAUAUCUGUGGGUCAAUGUUUACCAAGGAGAGUUACCUCAUCUGCCAUAAGGUUGUCCAUGAAGAAGAAGAGCUUGGGGAGACUAUGGAAGCAGCAGUAGAUGAGACAGCAAAUAAUAAGUAUAUCAGCCAUGUGAGAUCAAUAGGGAAGACUGUAGAUGAAGGACAGGAAGAGGUGACAGAGACUUUAGUUGAAGGACAGGAAGAGAUGACGAAGACUGUAGAUGAAGGACAGGAAGAGGUAACAGAGACUGUAGAUGAAGGACAGGAAGAGAUGACGAAGACUGUAGAUGAAGGACAGGAAGAGAUGACGAAGACUGUAGAUGAAGCAGAGAAUGAUGAAGAUGAGGAUGGUGAAGAGGUUGAUGACAAUGACAGUGAUUGGGAAGAACCUGCCUCAAAGAAGUUUAAAUGUGAUGAAUGUGAGAAAUCCUUCAACUCACAGAAAGGUUUGAAGAUGCAUCAGAGAUUGGUUCAUGUAGACAUAAAAAAAGAGCCAUCAAGCAGUGAGGAAGAAGAGAUAGUCAAGAAGAAAACGAAGGAAGGAAAGGGUGAAAGAGCCGAGUGUCCAGUGUGCAAGAAGACCUUUGUGAGUGUGCGUCAGUUGACUCGGCAUGAAUCCACACAUGCAAGUUGGGAUUGUCCACACUGCUCAAAGAGUUUCCGGACAUCCUGGAUUCUCAAAGAACAUCUCAACACGCACACAGGAGAACGCCCUUACAAAUGUACCCAGUGUGAAAAAACCUUCGGGAGCUAUGGAGGUCUGAGACGACACAAGAUCAUCCACCAAGGUACCAAGCCAUACAAAUGUGAUCUGUGUGAUAUGAGAUUCAGUGAUGCCUCAUCGUUGAAAAGCCAUAAGAAACGCCAUGCAGGUGACAAGCAGGUGGAAUGCGAUGUUUGUCAGAUGAAGUUUUACACUGGGUUUCAGAUGAGAACCCAUCGACUGACACACGGAGGACAGGACCACAAAGAAGAGAAGCUCCUGCGAUGCGAUGGGUGUCCCAAAGCAUUCCUUAGCCCGAGCAGUUUGGAAAAACACAAAAUAUCAGGUAAAUGUGGAAAGCAGUUCUCCUGUCCUUUCUGCUCUGAAACAUUCCUUUACAAGAAAGAGAGAGAAAAACACAUGGAGACCCAUACCGAGUAUGUCACCAAAGAAGGCAAAUCAACAGAUAACACCAAGAAAUCUACAAACAAGAUCUUCAAGUGCCCAAUAUGCAAGCAGGAUUUUCCUAAUCUUCGUACCUUCACCAUGCAUAGCAAGAAACAUGGUAAACAAGGGAAAGUCUAUGCAUGUGAGGUGUGUAAUAAGAUAUUCUCUACGUCUGUCAGUCUAAAGUAUCACAUGAAGCUACAUACCGGUCAAGGUCCCAAGUGCUCCGUGUGUAACAAAACCUUCUACAACGCCAAAUCACUCAGGAGGCAUGAACGCAUACACACCGGCCAAAAACCUUUCAAGUGUGGUUUUUGCGAGAAGUCUUUCAGUGACCAGAGUGCGUGUGCGUCACAUAUGAGAGUGCACUCUGCGGAGAAACCCUUCAAAUGUUCGUUCUGUGAUAAAGGGUUUCGUCAGAAAGGACAACGUACAAUGCAUGAGAAGAAAGUCCAUAGGAAAGGAAUGGAAGACAAGGGAGAGAUUCAAAGCUCUGAAGAUACUGGUCUCAAGAUGGUGUAUAGAUGCCGUAUCUGUAAAAGAGAGUUUGAGGAGAAGGAAGAGCUGAUUAAACAUAAAGAAACCCACGAAGAACUGAAUAAUGAAGAGGAAGAGAUGAUCCCUAUGCCAGCUAAGGUAACCAAAGCAAAGAAAGAGGUGCAGACAUUCAAGUGUGAUAUAUGUGACCAUACAUUUGCCCAAAAGAGUUACCUAGUGCGUCAUCAAAGGGUACACACUGGUGAGAAACCAUACGGCUGUUCCCUCUGCGAUAAAAGGUUUUCUGAUAAGACCUCCCAACGUCGGCAUAAGUCCAUCCAUACGGGAGCAAAGCCAUUCUUAUGCGAUCUUUGUGGCAAGUCUUUUCGGGACAAAUCAUAUCUGAAUCUUCACAAGCGGAUGCACUUAGGAGACAGACCAUAUGAAUGUAACAUUUGUUCUCGUAGGUUUGUACGGCAGAACUUCCUCAAUGCUCACAUGAAACUUCAUCAAGGUAUCAAACCAAAAAAGCCUCCGCAGAAAAUAUUCACUUGUGAUAUCUGCAACAGAGUCUUAAGGUCUAAAUCAAGUUAUUAUACACACUUGAGAAUACACACAGGUGUGAAGCCAUUCUUGUGUACUUUUUGUGGCAAGGCCUUCCCAACCAAACCUCGUCUUGUCAACCAUGUACGUGUGCAUACGGGAGAGAAACCGUACGUGUGCGAUGUCUGCAAUAAAGCCUUCACAGAACCUGGAACACUCAGAAGGCAUAAGAUCAUCCAUACUGGGUUGAAACCUUACAAAUGUGGAACAUGUGAUCGAGCAUUUGCAGACAAAAGUGCCCUUAACUCUCAUGUUAAAAUGCAUACAGGUGAGAAGUCACAUUCCUGUGAAGUAUGCGGGAAGAUGUUCUGGACUGCUACUAAUAUGAGAGCGCAUGCUAAGACACAUCGGAAGAAGACGCUCUUUGAAUGCGGCGUUUGUCAGAAACAAAUCCUUGGACAAGAGAACUUGACAGCUCAUUUAGUUGAGCAUGAAGCAGAACAGCGUGUCGCAUCUCAGGCUUUAGCUGAAACCAUGAUGGCUGCACAGGUUAUGAUGGACAAUGUCACAGAGGUUGUUAUCCAGGAAGAUGUUGUCACGACUGAAAACACAGAAUUCCAGUGUGAAAUCUGUGAAAAGUUCUUCAAGACUAAGAAAACUCUUCAGAAACAUAAGGUCAUACACGAUGAGGAGAAGCGCUUUGAGUGCGAGGUCUGUCAUAAACGCUUUGCCAGGAAAUCUUACUUAGUUAGCCAUUCUACGAUCCAUACCGGUGAGAAGCCAUAUACCUGUGAGGAUUGCGGAAGACAGUUCAGGGAUCGUAGCUCUAUGAAGCGGCAUAUGAAUACACAUAGAGGAGUAAAGCGUUAUGAAUGUAAUGUAUGUCAGAAACAAUUUACUGAUAAGAGUGCUGCUAAUAUUCAUCUUAGGAUACAUACCGGUGAAAAACCUUAUGAAUGUUAUGAAUGUAAGAUGUGUUUCACACAAAGUGGUCAUCUUGUAGAUCAUAUGAUCAAAAACCAUUGAUGAAUGCCUUAUCACAGUUCAAGUAAAUGGGAAAUCAAUUAGAAAUGCAGGUAAUCUUACCCAAUUUGAAUAUUUAGGUACUGCAGAAAUUUGUUUGACUUAGGUGAGACAUACGACUUAUGGUAUGUCAGUUUAAGCAAGUUUGCACUGACGUGGGCAAAUAUUUGACUUAUGGAUGAAUGUUCAGCUAAUGGAAUGUCAAUUAAGGCAUGCUAACCUGUAGUCUCGUAUUGAUUUGACCAUGGUGAUUAUUCCAAUUAUGGAGAAUUUGUUUUAACAUGCAGGUAAUCUGUAUUAUUUUUCAGCCAUUGAAAAUACCUUUUUUUGUAUAUAAACUAGGGGCGGAUUAUUAUCCCCUAUUUCUAUCAAUUCCUUGACAGUGGCCUCCCUGUAUACUUACCAAGUUGAGAUAGAUAUGACUUCUCAUGUAACAUUUAUUCUUCUCCAUUAAAAAGUAUUUAUUUUGAGUGAUUUUUUUUUCUUCAUCCCCAGGUGGGUUUUUGGUAAAUCUUUUCCUAAGUUAUGAUGAACUUUUACAAACAACUGGUGACCUAUCUUAUCUUGUAAAUGAUACGUCUUAUAUUGAUCACAUUCCUAAGAAAGGUCAUCAAUUGGUCGUACAGUCACUUGUACUUCCAAACAGCUUUAUGAAACACCCACCUUGGACCUAUUGCAUAAAAGUUACUAUCAUGGUAACUUUGCCAUGCAAUGGUAACUACCAUGGUAACACUGAUCAACAGCCAAUCAGAAUCAAGGAUUCCAUGCAGGUUACCAUUGAUCUUUUCUUGUGGUAAAUGGUAUACACCAAAAUGUUCAUUGGCGAUGGUUUAGCGUGUAUAAAGAAAGGUUCACUAGUUCUUAAAGUUGCUCUGAACAGUUUUAUGAAACACCACCCUGGUUUGAUUCCUAAUCCCAUCUAAGUUUAACUUCUUUGUUUGGGGUUUUUGUUUUGUUUUUGUUGGGUAAUGGUAUUGGCAAUGAAGUAAAAUAUCUUUUCUUAUUGAUAGUAUUUAGAUAUAAUAUUGAGUGUGUACAUAAUUCUUCUGCUAGUUUAUUUUAAAUGAUUUUUUUUGUAUAGAUUUGAUGUAUCUUAUGUUUCUAUUGCAUAAUUUAUUGAAUAUUGAUUGAUGAGGUUCUUUCUCACAAGCUUGCAUCACACAAUGAAACCAAUUGACUAUAGUGUAAAGAUCGGUUAUUAUCUUUUGAAUCUGAAAGAGUAUGGUACCCUCAACACAUCAUUGAUGUGUCCAUCAUAAUACAUUGUAUGUAGUCUUGGUUUCUGCUACUAGUAUACUCGUGUAUUGCUUUUUAAAAUCUCAUUGAUAGAUACGAGGUACAGAGUACCGAAGGGAUGACAUCAGUUGCCAUGGUGUCAUGGCGGCCUGGUUCUACACAAAUGAACCCGCCGAAUGGAAACAUGUGUUUCUCAUAGGAGAAAAUGGCUGCUAUCAGAAUUUGAUCGCUUGAAACCUAUCUUUCAGACAAGCCAAAGUCAUUUGCAAAUACAAAUGUGUACAGACGAUCCUCAGCUGUAACUCUGUUUAGAACCAGCCCGCCAUGACUCCAUGGCAACCGACGUCACACUUCAGUACUCUAUAGUGCCUCCCAUGAGCAUUUUCUAACCUAUAUAGUCAGCCAUUACUUACCACACGUAACUGAGAAUUUAAAGAUAAAUCAAAAUAGUUGCAAUAAACACUUAUUUCACAAGAAUGUCUGUAAAACCAAACUUGACUGUCACUAUAUCAUGUGGAACCAGAGCUGGUACAGUUACAUCAACUGAACUUUGAAAAAAAAAAAAAGGACUUUGUGUACAUGAACAACACAGAUUAGCCCAUGUGGGAGAAUAAGUUACUUCAUGGACAAUUUUGGUCAAAUGACCUUUCAUUUCUUUCAUUAUGAUAGGCAGAUUUCAAAGUAAGAUAUUACGUAAACAUGCCUUACAUAGCAGGAUGAAGAAUUUGAAUAGACCAGGUGACAAGAUAGCACACCAAUGAACACUCUAAGGUACUUGUUGCAUUUCUAAUUUAAAUGCAUAUUAUAGCGUGUUGUACAAUGUACUGGCAAAUUGUGAAAUACCAGUCAUUCGUUGACGCAUUGUUGUUUUUUGUGGAUGUAAAUGAAAAACACAAUUCAAAAGAAUAUAUUAAUAAUCAAAACAUUAAAGUUGGUGCUUAUCUCAUUAAGUUUUAAACCACCAUGUCACUUUAGUACAAAUGACCUUCCUCUGAUCAUGCGCAGAGUGGAACUACGAACUGGCUUAUUUUCAUUGCUUGGAAAAUACCCAACAUUUGACUUGAAUCCCAUGCUUAUUUUUAAUUAUUUCUCAGCAAUUACACCUUAUAUUGCAGAAUCCUUUGAUAUAUAUGCAAACGGGCACUUGGUGGUAAUUUUAUUGGAUUGUGUAUGAACUCUAUUGAAAUCGAGGCAUUUAUGUAUGAAGUAUGCCUUAAAUCUUUAUAACACACCCUAAGUAUAAGUUAUUUGAUUGUUUUCAUCCACAUUGUAAUAUAAUAAAUUGAUUUAUUACUGCAAA